UCAUUUCUUCAACCGUCUUCUUCUUCCUCAAUAAUAUUUUCACAGGUAUCUUCAAUCUCUAUUCUCUCUUCUACCAUUUCUAUCUACCAAAAGCUUUUAUUAGGCUGAUAUGUUUGAGAUCUUAUUAUAGAGUUUGGUUUAAGUUUGUGAGAUGGACUUAGUGUCUGGAAAAGUAGUUCCAGGUUGCUCCAACGCAGGCAAUCCUUUCCAUGAGUGUACUGCUAUCUGUUUUGAGAGAUUAAACUCUCCAGAUGUCCACAAGAAGGAGAAGAAACUCUUUGGGUUUGGUAAGAGAACUCCAAGCAGGGAUCAGACUCCUCCAGGCAGUCCGGCUCAUGGAAGCAGAUCACCUCUGGCCAGCUAUUUCGCCAAGAAGAAGGUUGAGUCAUCAGAGAGUUCACCAUCCUCCAAUGAUCACACCAAUGGCAACUUCUUAAGUCGCCUUUCCCCGCUACAAGGACGCAAGAUCGAGCCUUCAAGCAAUGUCAAUUCGCUACCAGUCUCGCCUUCUCUUGCUCUAUAUUCAGGGGGAGACUACUUUGCAAGGAGGACUGAUCAGCGUGGAGAUGAGGAUGAUGAUGUAUCACCAAGGCCUUUUGGAACUCAGCCUAAGACCCCUGAACACCCUCUUAGGACGCCUCAGCAUAGGCCACGCACACCGCAACAUCGCUCUGCACACCAAGAGGACCAUGUUUUACUAGAAACUAGGCCGAGGACUCCUGAACGCCAAUCCAAUACCUCUGAUACUAGGCCAAGGACACCCAUACAUGAGUAUGCGGCAACAGGAAGAAGACCUCAAACACCAGAAACUAGACCGAGGACACCUGAUCACCGAUAUGCCACCUCUGAUACUAGGCCGAGGACACCCAUACAUGAGUCUGCUGCAAGAGGAAGGAGGCCCCAAACACCAGAAACUAGGCCGAGGACUCCUGAACACCGAUAUGCCACCUCUGACACUAGACCGAGGACACCCAUACAUGAGUCUGCUGCAACAGGAAGGAGGCCUCAAACACCAGAAACUAGGCCGAGGACUGCACAACACAGAGGGAGGUCACCUGAGUUCAUGGAAAGAUCCCCCGGACCAAGGUCCAAGACCCCUGAGCCUCAACCUACCUACUUUGAACCAUCCUCAAGGACUCCAAAACUGCGGUCCAAGACGCCAGAACCCAGCCCUAGGAUUCCCCAAACUCAGCCCAUAUCCCACAGAUCUCUUGACAACGCCGCUCUUCAAAUGCCUCGGACAGUUGAAACUAGGCCAAGGACGCCAGAACACCAGCCCAGGACUGUGCAAACGAAGCCAAGAAUACAUGAAAGUAGGCCAAAGACUGCAGUCUAUGGAGGAAGGUCACCUGAUCACAGGGAAAAAAUCUCACAAACUCAACAAACAUCCUUUGAGAUGGAUCAAAGAUCAUCUCAUGCCUACAAUUAUCUUGAGAGCAAAGCUGAGUCAGUGUACAUUGAGAAGGACGAUGAAUCAGUUCUACUCUUUCCAGAACUGAUUUUGUCACCUCAAGAAAGGCCACCCUCUAGACUUAUUACGCUUAAUCACCGAGGAUAUGAACCACCUAACAAACAGGAAGAACAUUGUGAUGAAAUGGAUGAUUCUGCAAGCACAGACGACGAUAAAUUUUCAUUUGUGGAUGAUCAUGACGAACACACUGUUUCGUUUUACCCUGAAACCACAUCGAAAUCUGGAAGCAGCGAACAAGAGGAACAAGUUAAAGCAAACAACGAGCCACCGGAGCUGCCAGAUGAAUCACAGAGCUUCAGUCUCGUAGAGAUCUCUCGUAUGAAAGGAAUAAUUACCAAGAAUGAAACAAGGGACGAGAUGCAGUCCAUUCUAUCGGAGUCUUACGUUUCUGUGGGAGACUACAAAGUGAGAGCUGGCGUCUCGGCCACUCUACAACACAUACUCCAGAAGCACGGUGACAUCGCGUCCGGUUCCAAACUACAAUCACUUGCCACACGAUCCUACUACCUCGACAUGCUUGCCUCGGUGGUAUUCGAACUCCAGACAACACCCCUGAAGUAUCUCAAGGAGAGCCGCGUGGUGGAAAUGGUAGCAAUUGUUAGAGACGUUGAGUCUGUGAAAAUCAAAGCAGGUUGGCUCAAGCCUGUCCUAGAGGAGAUCGUAGAGGCGGUAAAACACUACGAUGAACACAAGAUGAGCAUAAUGAAGAAAGAGGUGUGGGAGAGAGAUGUGUUACUUGCGAGACAAGAAGCGGAGAAACAGGUGAAAGAACUGGGAGAGAAGGAGAAGAAGAUGAAGGAGUGGAGAGCUAGAAUGACGGAGAUGGCUGCGAAGUUAGGGGAUCUUGAUAUGAAAAGAGCUCGUCUCCACAAAAGCUUCACAUUUCUGAGCUCUAAGGGUAUUGGAAGAAUUUGGCUGUUUAUAUUGGACCGCUCUACGUUUUACUUAGCCUUUGAGUAUUAUAAACUAUUGGCUGAAGGCAUUGAGCUCACAUUCCUUUGGCGUCUCACCGUUUUCCUCUCCGUCUUGAUCCACUCCGUUUACAUCGCCGAGCAUUACCUUAGAUCUCAUCAAGCUGAAGUGGAGAAGAUGAAGGAGUUAGUGGAAGAUGGGAAGCAGAUGAUGACAUUUAUGGAGAACAUGAUCCACUCAGGUCUUGAAACCCAUAGAAAAGAGUGGGGAGAUUUUAUUGAUGAGUUGAGCAAAGAUGGGAAGAAGAUGAUGACGAAAUUGGAUGGUAUGAUCUGCUCACAACUUGGAACUCUGAGAGACAACAUGCGUCUCAAUGUUGACGAGAUUUGGCAAGAGCUCCGACAUGAGUUGAGAUCUAAAGUCGAUGAGGAUAUCAAAGCUUCGAGGCAAGAUCUUAACAAAGAUGUCAAAUCUGUGGCCGAUCAACUCCGUGAGACCUACCUUGCCGUCCAAGAAACCAUCAAAGAAGCCAAGGCCCACGAGACCUACCUUAUCGACCAAAAAAAUAGACGGGUGAUAAGAGGAGAAGACGUUGAGGGAUUUGCUGAGCUGAGGGAGCAAGUGCGGCGAAUGGCGAUGGAGGCAGAGAUUGCUGCCGAGGAGCUCUCACGUGCGACUGUGGAGUUGGUGGAGGCAGGGAUCCAGCAAUGGGAGGAGGACAACUUCGACUAUCUUACCUCCCUCCCUCUCAUGUAUCUCAAUCACAACUAGUUAUUCGUUGGAUUCUAUUGUUUCUAAUUUUUCUUGAAGUUUUUAUUAAGUUGAUUUGAGAACUAGAUUCUCCUUGUUUUGUUAAUUGUUGCUUGUUUUUUUUGUUUUGUUCAUUAUUUAUCUUGUCAUCCAAUUAAGUUAAUUUUUAUAAAUCAUAUGUUAUUUG